AGUAACAAAUGACUGGAUAACCGUUUGACGUGUUCGCCAUUUAAUGUGUUGCAGCCGAUUUUUCGGAUCUGUCCAAUAAUUUCAUUGUUGUUUUUAAGUGUUUUACAGAUUGGACAAUGGUUUGUGGAGGGUUUGCGUGUUCAAAGAAUGCACUGGUUACGUUGAACUGUUUAUACAUAGUUGUGUCCUUCAUCCUUAUAGGAGUAGGAGCCUAUGCCAAAGCAGCAGCUGUGAUUGUCAACCUGAGUAUUGUGGGUGGGGUGAUUGGCUGUGGAAUUCUCUUGCUGUUGAUCUCCCUUGCCGGUCUAAUAGGGGCCUGCAAGCAUCAUCAAGUUCUGCUGUUCUUUUACAUGAUAGUGUUAUUCCUCCUCUUCCUGGUGCAAUUUUCCCUUGGGGUAGUUUGUCUGGCUGUGAACAAGGACCAGGAGAUUGACCUGGUUCGUAAGGCCUGGCAGUCCUCCCACAACAGCACCAGAGACAGCCUGCAGAUCCAGCUGGAUUGCUGUGGCUUUGAGGAUUGGAAGCUGAACAGUUCAGCGCCGCUUGGCCACCCGUCAUGUAGUAAGCUGCCAUGCUGUACUGGAGCCGGUGAUGGCUGCUGUGUAGGGGAUACCUGUCCAUGUAAGACAUGCUUCGAGAAGCUCAAUCCAAAUAUCCACAAAGCUUUCUCCUGGUCUGGAGGACUUGGACUGUUUUUCAGCUUUUCUGAGAUUAUUGGAGUGUGGGUUACUGUCCGUUAUCGUAACCAGAAAGAUCCACGUGCUAACCCAAGCUCAUUUCUCUAGCUCCUUACAUUGUUUUGUAGAUCAUGGGAGUGUGGCUGGCUUUCCGUUACAGACAUCAGAGGGACCCGACAGCCAAUCCAGAUGCGUUUUUAUGAUCAGCCACCUCCACAGGGACUUACAACAGUUCUUGAAAGUGUAUCCAACACUUACAUAUGGAACAAGCUCUGUAAAAAGAGGGUUUAAUGCAUGUGCGUAAAGUGUCGUCCCAGAUUAGACUGUGCAGUCCGCAUAGGCUAAUCAGUGACAACACUUUCAGAUUGAAAUGGAUUUUUGUUAAGAAGAGACUUUCUUUAAACAAAAAAUAUCAUAAAAGCGGAACUGCACAGGCUAAUCUGGGAUUACACUUUACACACCUGCAUUAAACCCCAUUUUCACAAAGCAAGGCCCAUAUACUAGAAAGAAUUUGUGUAAAGCCGCAAUUCAGCUUUAAUACAUAACAUUAGAGAUGAGCUCUGGGAACAAAAUACUUCAUUAAUCAACAUCUUGUUAGUUUUUUGUUGUAUUCAUUUAGUUUAAAUUACCAUUUUUGUGUUUUUAUUUCUGAUUGUUUCCAGUUUUCUUAUAUUAUGCACUAGUUACAUUUUUAAUUGGGGUUUGGAAAUAUAAAUCAGUAUCUACUCUUUAAAGAAUAGAGCUUGCUUCUAGAAUUUCUGUAAAACAAUUGUCAAUAUUUGAAAAGGUCUUUCGCAACAGGAGUCGAUGCAUUAAUCUAAUGUCUUUUAUGCGGGAGUUAUUUUUUGGUCUCAAAUUGUUGUUUUAGAAGUUGAUUGUUAUUUAUAUAAUUUGGUGUAAUUUAGUGAAUAAAUGAACAUAUACAUUUUACCUGAUUGACUGCCGACAGAAUUACAUCUGUGUUUUUAAUAGCUUUUUUAUUUCCAUUAUUGGCAAUAGCUUUCCCAUCCUCACAUGAGUUUAUGUCUUGUUCUGUAAAAAUGCGUAGGUAGACCCCCUACAUAUUUUGACAGGAAUAUUGCAUGCAAGGAAUAUCCCGGAAGUUCCCGAAAACAUUUUAUUCUGAAAUGUCAGUUGAAACAUCUGUUAUUUUUAAAAUACUAUUAAAGUUCCCAAGUAAAAUCAAAGGUGAAAUGAACUUGCAAUAAACAUUGAUAAUAUUACCAGGUCUGUAAAUUGAAAUUUUAAUAUGUUUCCAAUUGUUUAUUACUGUAUCAUAUUGUGGUGUAUAUUUUUAAACUUUUGUUAAACAUUUGUUCAAUUACUUGUGUACUUUAAAUUAAAUAUUGAACAUGAUAUACGUUAAUGUACCAGUUCAACAUUGAGGGACAUGAAUGUUUGUUGGUUUGUAAUUCAUGCCUGUAUACUGUGGUAGCAAUAAAUUUAAUGUAUUAAUUUUUAUAUAUUUAUGUUCCAUUAGAUUGUUGGUGUAUAAUAUCUAUCUCUAGGGAAAUGAAGUCAUAGCAGUGAGAAUUUUAUGUAGGAAAUAAUAGUUAAGUAUCCUUAACAGAUAACAUUUCCGCGUUAUGUUUCAGUUACUGCACUGCUGAUGUGUCAAUUUUGACACAUUUUCUUUAUCAUAGCCUUUGUGCAAUAAUUGCUUUCCGGGCUUACCAUAUCCUAACCCAACUGAAACUUUUAUGUGUGAUAAUCAUACUUUCAUUUGUUUAAAUUUUUGUUCUGUUUAUAUUUAUGUGCUCAAUAUACAUGUACAUUUAAUGUAGCAUUUUUUUCUCUGUAGAAUUACAAUUACCACUUUUGCAUGAGAUAUUAAGUGUGUUUUAAUUGAGAAUCUUUCUUUGACCCAUUAUCAUAUAGGUUGUGAAACAAGCUGUUUCUUUUAUAAUAUUAUGAUUAUUAGUUUAUUAAGGGCCUUGUAAUUUAUUGGCAUGUGUCCUAUUAUAAUCACCCGAUCUGUCUUUAAACAAUUUUGACGUUUCUUUCAAAUCUUCAAAAACAUUAAUGCUAUUGACAUUAAAUUUAAUUGGUGUAUAGACAUGGUUCAUGGUUAGAUCUCAGAAGUGAACUGCAAAAGGACAGUAACUCUGCACUUAAUAAUUCUGAAGUUAUUGCCCUUUGUUAAUUUUGCAUAAUCCUUAUUAGGAUGGAGCAUAUUGUUAUGGCCGUCUCUUCUGUAAUUUUUGGUACAUUCCUUGUUUUGCAAAAGCAAUGAGGUUUCUGUGCUUGGAUGUGUACACUCUGUACACCACUACUCUUCUAAGAAAUCCUGUGCAUGUAUACAGAAGUGAUGCAACAGUACCCUCCCAUUCAGUGUAAUCUUCAAUUUUAAAAGAUUAGAGGCAUAAUUUUAUAAAUUGUCAUGAAAUCCAUGUAUCUAUGUAUUAUCUUAUAAUAGUAAUAUGUUAUAUAUUUUCUUUCCUGGUCUAUAAGACAAACAUAUUUACAAAAUUACAUGUUUCAAGUUGAAUGGAAGUGAUUUGAACAACAAGUAAGAUAUUAUCAGUGCUGGUCUAAUAUACUCUAAAUGACAGAUUGAAUUGGAAAGGACACACAGUCUGACCUUGAAUUCUAUUACUACACUAUAUUAGUUUAACAAAUUUAUGGAAUUUCAUAUGAAAUAUGAUAUAAAACUUAAUUGAUCUACAUUUGCAGUUUAAACUUUAAUAUUUUCAUUAUUUUACCAUUUAUCAAAAUUCUUAGAUAAUUAUCAGGGUGUUCAUGUCUGCUUUAUGUGUAUGCAAAUGAUCUUACCGUUUGGUCAAUUAGUUCUACAUUGAGCUAUUUUAUGUUUUGCUCACCUGCAAAGGAAGUGCGCAUGGUGGAAAAAUUUGAUCAGUCUUUGCCCUGCGUAUUGCAUUGUAUGUCAUCAACAUGUUACAACACCAGAGGCCACAAUUUCAUACAAUCUUUAUGAAAAUCUUAAAAUUAACCACCCCAAGUUUGAAUCUGGGUCAUAUGCCAUUUAAAACUAGAUCACCAGGUUAUAAAAUGAUUAGAUUGUUUAUCUCCGCAAUAACAAGGCCAUGUUUAAAUAUGGGUCAAGUGUGUUAAAAAACUAGGUCAAGUCUUAAACAAUUAUUGUAGCUUGAAUUUAUUUGAACGCUUAAUGGCCAUUAUUACCCUCUUUUUUGUUAAUUUUAGUAAAGUCUGUACUCAAGCGGGUUGUCAAAAUAUCUGGUAUUGUUCUCACUCUGUCAAAAAUGGCCAGUGUAAUACUUUCAAUGAUCUUGUGCCCUUUCAAUUAGGUUGAACAGUGUAGACUGAAGAAAUCAAGCAAAAUCUUUGAUAACAGACUGCAAGUCUUUCUUGCAAACUGUUUGUCAGCAUCCAUUAAGCAUGUUUAUUUCUUUAAGCACAUGCAUUGUUUGGCCAAUCUGAAUUGGCAUGACUCAUAUAUUUGUGCUGUGCUCUAUGAAAAGGGGGUCAAUGCAUAUGCCUAAAGUGUCGUCCAAGUUUAGCCUGUGCAGAUUGCACAGGCUAAUCAGGGACAACACUUUCCGCCUAUACUGGAUAUUUGCUAAGAAGAGACUUUCUCUAAACAGAAAAUAUCAGAAAAGCGGAAAGUGCCGUCCCUGAUUAGUCUGUGCGGACUGCACAGGCUAAUCUGGGACGACAUCACGCAAAUGCAUUACACCCCUUUUUCACAGAGCAGGGCUCGUUAGAAACUGUUACUGUACUCUCUGAUGAUGGUCCAUUCAUUUAAUAUACAGAAGUGCAAUACAGUAGGUCUGUUUAGUGCAAAUGUUACUCGUUUGAUGUGUUUGCAAAGCUGUAGUUUUGUUUUAUUUUGUAUGUUAUGUGUUGCAUUUUAAGUUGUGUGUUUUCUUUUUGUUUAUAUUAGCCAUAAGAUUCAUUUUCAUCAUAGGGGUUACUAAGAAACAUAAUUAUAAUAUAAAUUAAUUAUAUAUAGCAUACAAGCUAAAGAGCAUUUCAUUAAGGUAUUACAUACUGAACCAAAAAGGAAAUUGUUCGAUUUAAUGUUAUUUUUAAAAUAGAAAUAAUUUGCAUAAAUUUUUUUUGUUGUGCGUGUGAUAUUUGAAUCCACCUAAACAGGCUAAUGUAAAAUGAUGAAGCAUGCACAUGAAAUGUUAAUGUUAUUGUCAUGAGUGGCAUGUUUAUGCAAAUUUCUUUUGUGAUCAAGUUGUUAGCAUUAGAUAAACACUUUUUAAGGUCUCAGAAUAUUUGUGAACAGUUCAAAGCAAAGCAACAUGUUAAUAUACAUUUUUUUGGGCAAGGUUAAAAAAGAAUUCAUUUGUGAAAGUUUUAAUUACGUAAAAUUGUGGUGUGUAAUUCAAAGGGUGAUUGCUUGUAUGAUAGAUGACCACACAAGUUUUGCAACAGGAGUGUUUCUAGUCCACACUCCAGAAAUUGUAUCCUACACAAAUAUUCGGAUUGUUAUUUAUUAUGGUGGUAUUCUAUGAUGAAUUUGUUGUUGCAUCAUUCCAUGUCGUACUUAAAAAUAAAACUUAUGUUGUACUUA